AUGUCAUCGCUACGAGCCUCGAGACCUAUUAAAGGAUUAUUGGGGAAAAUGGUCAAAUAUUUAUAUCUUUACAAGGAGAGUUUGUCAUGUUCCGUUCCGCUGAAGCACUCUUUCCAAGGUCAUCGAAGGACACCAAAACCUCCCCAAUUCUUGACUGAUUUCUUCGUUCGUUCGCGCACCACUAACAAGUCAUUAUCGCUGCCAACCAUGCGAUUCAAAACCUGGCCCUUCCUCAUUGCUGAACUGGUGCAAUUUACUGCAGCCGCCAACAUCACCGUUCUCCUUCCGCCCGGAAAUCGCACACUUGAUACACACGGAGUCGAUGAGUUCCUGUUGCAGUGCAUGAUGAUGGCAUGUGGGACAAUGGAUAUUGCGGCGGAGGACACAGACGAGGAUAACGAGGAUCAUAUGGCCAGUGUUUACGCGUCCAUUGUGACGUACGACUGGCUCGUCGAUCGAGGUGCUCGGGGUUUACGUGCGAUUGGUACCAGGCCAGCUAAGACCCUGGAGGAUAUUUUCGUUCGCGAUGAGGAGGAGACCGAUGUAAGUUCGGGACUAAAAAACGAGUUUAUUCAUUUGCGUUUACAACUGACUGUGAAAUACAGGAGUAAUAUGCACCAUUCAGCCUCUACUCCGGCGCGAUACACGGAUCUUUCGAGUUCAGGGAGAAAUCCAAAUCGCAUUCUAGUGGCACCAUAUGAUAUCCAGUUUAACCCCAAAACACCCAUGUCGAACUCAAGGUGUUCCAGUGCUAGAACUGUGCUACGGGUGUAUAUACAUUGUCUCCUAAUGUCUGCCGAAUUAGCUGGCUCGAAAAGACUACUAUCCAUAUUGAAAACAUUUUUGAUAUGCCUGCUGUUUGUAUACCCUGCACUAGGGAUCAAAACCGGUAGCUUUUAUCAAUUUCGAAAGUCACGUAUUUGUCGCGCAGAAACGAGUCAGUCAACCCUAUUUUGUAGGCGACUCCCGGCAAAGGGCUUUGCCACUCCAGGAACUGGGACGCCAAGGUUCCCCGAUCUUGACUCCAACCCCAACUCCACAUUUGCCGUUGCGGGGAACCGAAAGUUGGGAGCGGAAAUGGGCAUACAGAAUGAGGGACUAGAAGCUCCAAACGAGCUGUCCAACGAGCAUGACGAACACCUCCAGCCACCAACCGAGGCUAGUUCAGAGACACAGCCGAUGCCCAACGGAGGACUGGAAGGUUGGCUCAGUGUACUGGCGGGCUUCUGCGUCUUUGUCAACUCCUGGGGCCUUAUCAGCUGCUAUGGCGCUUUCCAGGAAUUCUACCAAACCGUCCUCCUCCCGGACGAAUCACCUUCCACGAUCUCCUGGAUCGGUAGUAUCCAAGCCACCCUGAUCGUGAUGGUCGGUAUGGUGACCGGCCCCCUAGUGGACUCAGGCUACCUCCGACCCUUGAUCGUCAGCGGAUCCUUCCUAGUCGUGUUCGGGAUGAUGAUGCUCAGCCUAGCAACAGAAUACUACCAGGUUCUUCUGGCACAGGGCUUCUGCGUCGGAAUAGGUGGUGGCAUCACCUAUAUCCCAGCAAUGGUAGUCAUCUCCUCGCAUUUCACCACCAAGCGCCCCAUCGCCAUCGGCUGCGCUUCUAUCGGAUCCAGCGUCGGUAGCGUCAUAUUUCCAAUCCUCUUCCGCCAAGUCCAACCCAUCAUCAACUUCGCCUGGAGCGUCCGCUGCAUCGCAUUCAUUAACCUCUUCCUCGCCCUCAUUACCUGCGCUAUCCUUUGCCGUCGACCAGGCAAGAAAACCCGCACGAGAAGCCUCAUCGAACUCAAAGCCUUGACUCACCUCCCCUUCAUGCUUCUCUCACUCUCUAUGACCUGCGUCAUGCUCGCUUACUACGUCCCUAUCUUCUACAUCGCCACCUACGCCCGCUCCGCUCUCAACACCCCCACCAGUCUCUCCUUCUACCUCGUCUCCAUCACAAACGGCGCCUCCGCCUUCGGCCGCACAGUACCUUACUUCCUCGCCUCGGGAGGCACCCGCAUCAAGCCCAUCUUCAUCCUGAUCGCCUUCGUCGCGGCAGCCGCAGUAGCCAUGUUCACCUGGAUCGCGACGACAAACACAGCGGGAUUCAUCGUCUGGGCCUGUUACUGGGGUUUUGUGAGCGGGGUGCUGGUCACAGCUCCGACUUCCAUUGUCGCCCAUAAAGCAUUCUGUCCUGACAGUGACUUCCUCGGGACGAGAAUGGGCAUGAUGUGGGGGAUUAGUUCGUUUGGGUCGUUGGUGGGCACGCCUGUUGCAGGGGCGUUGGUGAACUUGGAAACGGCGGACUUUGUUCGUGCGCAGGUGUUUUCGGGUUGCUUGAUGGUUGGGGCGGUCGUGUUGCAGGUUUGGCCGGUUGUUUGUGUGGUUAGAGUGGAUAGAGGGGUGGGGAAGGUGCAAUAG